AUGAAUAAACCGCCUAAUAUUACAAACCAAACAAUGUUUGAUCUCGACAAUAAUAAACAUAUGAAUGACUUAUCCCUCGGUCCAAAAUAUCUAGUUAUGACUAGAGUACAAAGCGAUGACACCUUGACAAACGUUUCUCCUUUUCUUAUAAAAAAAGUAAUUGAUUGUGUUUGUGGAGAAGUUGAAACCUGCAAAAAACUACAAGCUGGAACUAUUCUAAUUAAAACCAAAAACUCUGUGCAAGCUAACAAAUUAAUCAAAUUAAUAUCACUCAGCCCUACUAUCAAAAUUGAAAUAUCAGAACAUAAAACUUUAAAUACUACGAAAGGUGUUAUAUAUUGUAAUGACCUCAGAAAUAUAGAAGAAAAUGAAAUUUUACAAGAAUUAAAAAAUCAAAAUGUUAUAGAAGUCAAAAAAAUUCUGAAAAAGGUAGAUGAUAAAUUGGUUGAAACUGGUCUUUUAAUAAUUACUUUCUCAUCAAUCAAUCUACCGGAAACUAUUAAUAUUGGUUAUCAAAUUACUAGAGUUAGACCCUAUAUACCAUUACCACUAAAAUGUCACAACUGUUUCCGCUUCGGCCAUAUUUCUAAAUUUUGCAAAAACGAUAAACUAUGCGUCAACUGUGGAAACAUCGAUCACUUAGCAGAAAAUGAAGUUUGUGAAAAUCCUAAAUUGUGUAAUAAUUGUGUAGAAAAUAAACUCACCGACACUAAACAUUCUGUAGUAAGCAAGACAUGUCCAAUUUUUUUAAAAUAUAAAGAAAUUCAAGCCAUCAAAACUUUAGAAAAAGUCGAUAACAAAACUGCAAUGCAAAAAUACAACGAGAGACAUAUUAACAAAUCGACUUUUGCUACAGUUACUAGACAACAUGUUGACUACUCCAAUAUCGAUAACACAAUUAUCACUCCAUCUACCUCUAAUUCCAUUAAAACUUCGCCAACACCUAUUCAAAACAUACAACCGAAAACUUUUACUGCCAACGUAAAGCAAACCACAAGUUCAAUCGACACAAUUCAAACCAAAACUAUGUCACCACCCAAAAAAAAUCAAACUAUCAAAAUUUUACCAAAAACAACAUCCCGACGUACUAGAAGUCAACUUAAGAACGAGGCCAAACGGGUAAAAACAUCACAAGGAAGUCAGGAUAGCGAUGGAACGGAUCAAAACACGGCGGAAGAAUAA